GGGCCUUGCCUGAAAACGGGUGGGGAAAAAACACGGCGCAGCUCCACUCGGGCUGCGACUGAGGAGACGGAACAAAAACAUGAACCAAAAGUGGCCGAGAGCUCGAGGAGCUGCGUGCGGCGCGCAGAGGCGUCCAGCACACGGGUAGCUGUGUUAUGGGCGCCUUAUCACUGGACUCGGGCCUUUCUUGAAGCACAGCAAGCGCGCAGGACUGCCUUCGUCUGGUUGUCUGGCACUGUUUUCGGGAAGGAUGUGGCUGACUCCAGAAGAGGUUGCCCUGAAAAACGCCCUGAAGCUCUGGGUCACGGAGAAAUCCAACGACUACUUUGUCCUGCAGCGGAGGAGGGGGCACGGAGACACUGGGGGGAAGAUCACAGGAAUGUUGGUGGGGGCCUUGGACACCAUGCUGGACUCCAACGCUCGAGUAGCACCAUUCCGGAUUCUUCUGCAGGUGCCGGGGUCACAGGUCAGCUGGGUCAUCGCCAGUGGAGCCACAGCCGAGGAGGUGCAGAAACACUGGAAAUGGCUGGAUCAGAACUUGUUGCCAUACAUGUCGGUGUUUGAGAACAAACAGGAUGCUGCGAGCUUUGCACAGGGCAAAGUCAAGGGGCUGAUAGCUGAGGAGGUUCUCGGUGGGCAGGCUGCGCUGGAGGAUGACCCGACCCGCUUCAGGGAGGUCCUGGCCCGGUUUGAGCAGCGGUUCGGUCUGCCGCAGCAGGAGAAGCUGGUGGCUCAUUACUCCUGCUGCUGCUGGAAGGGCCGAGUGCCGCGGCAGGGCUGGCUCUACCUCUCCACCAAUCACCUCGCGUUCUACUCCUUCCUGCUCGGGAAAGAAGUGAAGCUGCUGGUGCCGUGGGCGGAGGUGACGGGACUGGAGCGGGCGUCUUUAGGGCUAAUGACGGACGUUAUCCGGGUGCGGACGCGUCAGAGGCAGCGCGACUUCUCCAUGUUCCUGAACGUGGAUGAAGUGAUGACCGUGAUGAGCCAGCUGGCUGACCUCGCGCUGCGCAGACUGCUGGACAGUGGUGGGCUGGAAGUGGACAAGAGCCUGCAGCAGGCCACCAAUGUUACCAAAAGGGUGCUGGAGCAUCAGGCUCUGCGGCAGUAUGUGCUGUCUCUGUUCGGGCUGCCGCGCUCGGAGAAGCUGCAAGAAGUGAUGAACUGCUCCAUGUGGACGCCCCACGCCCGCUGCCACACACCCGGAAAGCUCUACACCACUGACAACUACAUGGGCUUCAGCAGCCGACAAGAGGGCCAGUGCACCCUCCUCAUCCCACUCGCGGAGGUGCAGUCCAUCGAGAAAGCGGAGAGUACGAGUGCCCUGCCAAACCCAGUGAUCAUCAGCGUGAAGUCGAAGAAGGCGUUCCAGCUGAUCGAGUUGGUGCAGCGGGACGAGCUGGUGGAGAACCUGAGCGAUCGGCUGAGGGCCCUGCACUGGAGGCAGGCUGUGUUCAGGGGUAACAACCAGCGCAAAAAAUCAAUGGUCUCCUCCACUCCGUACUAUACAUUCUACUAUGACGGAGCGAGCUCAGAGGAGAACGACGAAGUUUCUGACGAAACGCUGCGGAACACGGUACUCACCGAAGCGCUCAUUACCACCUUCCAAAGCAGCCAAUCACAGUCCCCCAACAACAAAACUAUGUCAGAGCAGCUGAGGGUGCGGUUGUGGGGGGAUCACUUUGAAGAGUUCGGCCGCGGCGUGCACAUGUUCCGCACGGAUAAAAUCCGCAAACUGGUUGCCAUGGGGAUCCCGGAGUCUCUGCGUGGAGAGUUGUGGCUUACCUUUUCAGACGCGUGCUCGUCGCUGGCCGCCCACCCGGACUACUACGCGGAUCUGGUGAGCAGGUGUAUGGGGGAAACGAGUGUAGCGACGGAGGAGAUCGAGCGGGACCUGCAUCGCUCGCUGCCCGAGCACGCCGCCUUCCAGAACCAGACCGGAAUCGCAGCUCUACGGAGGGUCCUGACGGCCUAUGCCCACCGCAACCCCAACAUCGGAUACUGCCAGUCCAUGAACAUCCUGGCUUCUGUGCUGUUGCUCUACGCGAAAGAAGAAGAGGCUUUCUGGCUCCUGGUCACUGUGUGCGAACGGAUGCUGCCUGAUUACUUCAACCACAGAGUCAUUGGUGCUCAGGUGGAUCAGUCCGUGUUUGAGGAGCUGAUUCGGGAGCGUUUGCCGUCUCUGGCCGAAAGCGUUCCUGAUCUUUCUCCUCUGGCGUCUGUGUCUCUGACGUGGUUCCUCACGCUGUUCCUGAGCGUCCUGCCGUUCCGCAGCGCCCUCUGCGUGCUCGACUGCUUCUUCUACCACGGCAUCAAAGCCGUGUUCCAGCUGGGGCUCGCCGUGCUGGACGCUAACGCUGCCGAACUCUCCGCCAGCACCGACGACGGACAAGCGCUAAUGACCCUCACCAGUUUUCUGGAACAGGUCCGAGACGAUGAGGAGCCGUGUGUGUGUGCUGAGGAGGCGGGACCUGCGGGACACACACACAUCACUGCGCUGAAUAAUGAUGCGUACGAGAAAUUUGGGGACCUGACUGUGAGGCAGCUGGAGAGGAUGAGAUGCAGACACAGGAUCCAAGUGCUGCAGAGUCACGAGGACACCACCAAAGAGAACACAUUAAGGCUGGUCUCGCCUGACGUGUCCCUCUCUCAGGAGGACCUAUCCGGUCUCUAUGACCUCUUUAAGACAGAGCACUUCAUCAGUCUGUACUGGGGGGACGGUGUCUGUUCGACCCCCCCGGAGCCGCGGGCCGUGAGCCGUGGUUACACUGAAAGUUAUCACGUGGACUGUGCUCAGUUUAAGAGCCUGUACGCGCUCCUGGCUCCGUGGCCUUGCGGCUCUCACACGGACACGGUGGCCCAGAGGACCUUCACCCUGCUGGACCAAAAUAGACAGAACCGCAUCGGCUUCACACAGUUCGUCCGCUGGCUCGACACUCUGUACUGUGAAGACUUUAAUGAGAAGGUCAGGCUCCUCUAUCGUCUGCACAUUCCCCCAGCUCUGACCGAGAAUGAAGAUCAGUCUUCUCUGGUGAAGAACCCCAUCCUUUCCACCACCAGACCUCUCUACGUGGACCUGCCCAACGGGGAGAGGAAGAGCCAUGAGGAACAACUGAAGCAGAUGCUGAAGGACUUGGCCAAGGAGAAGGACAAAGGCCAGGAGAAACCCCUCCCUCACAUGAACCAGCGGGAGUUCGUCCAGUUUUGCAAGACGCUGUGCAACAUGUUCCACGGCGACAGUGCUGAGAACGAACUCUUCCAGGCCAUCGCUAUGGUCACCAGCCUCGUCCUGCAGAUCGGGGAGGCCAGGAACAAGGCACGCAGGUCGGGGGCCGAGCCGAAGGAAGGAGAAAGUCCAGAUCAGGCAGCCUCCAGCGUGUCUGAAGGAGAAGGUGAUUGGACAGCAAGUUUCGAGCAGAUCUUGGCCUCGCUGCUCACCGAGCAAGCUCUUGUCAACUUCCUGGAGAGGCCUGUGGAUCUGAGUGCAAAGAUCGCUGCUGCAAAGGAGAAGCAGUACCACGUGCGGGCCGGCCUGCUGAUGAUCCAGCACAAGACCAGAUGAGACUGACUGGUCUUCUAAGCUUCUGGACUGAGUCGGAGUUGCAGUGCUUUGGGUUUGUAGA